AUGGAAAGAGAGCAAGAAGAACUGCAAUCCUUAGGGCUCUUUGGCAUCUACAGAGAAGCCUGCAAGAUCAUCUUCAAAUGGAGAAGAAUCUUCAGCCAAAUCACCCUAUCUCUGGUUCUCCCUCUCUCCGUCAUCUUCCUCGCCCACAUCGAAUCAAACGUACUUCUCUCAAGAAUCUUUAAAAUGGAAUUUGUAAUACACAGUACAAGAGCAGACAAUCCAAUCCACAAGAGAUUCUAUCAUAGAGUCUCAUCGGAGUGGGCCUAUUUCUGGCUUUUCAAGUUCGUUUACUUCACCUUUCUCCUCAUUUUCUCUCUCCUCUCCACUGCCGCCGUAGUUUACACCAUUGCCUGUGUAUACACAGCUCGUGAAGCGACUUUCAAGAAGGUCAUGAGAGUAGUUCCCAAGGUCUGGAAGAGGUUAAUGGUCACUUUUCUCUGGACUUUCCUCGUCUUCUUGGUCUAUAACUUGGUCGCAAUGCUUAUCUUCCUCAUCUGGGCUGUCACUGAUGGGGACAACACCGUUAGUGUGGUGUUUUUCUUCAUCAUUUUGAUCUGUUACGCAGUUGGAUUUGUGUAUUUGACCAUUCUUUGGCAGUUGGCUAGCGUUGUAUCAGUCUUAGAAGACAAAUAUGGAUUCAAAGCAAUGCUCAAGAGCAAGGAACUGAUAAAGGGGAAGAUGUGGGUCGCAAUUGUUUUCUCCUUCAAGCUGAAUUUCUCUCUCUACGCGACACAAUUUGUGUUUCAAUAUUUUGUUGUGAGUGCAUGGCCAUUGAGGUUUGAGUACAGAAUCGGAGUUGGGUUAUUGUGUUUCUUGUUGCUUUUGAUGUUGAUUCUCUUCGGGUUGGUGAUUCAGACUAUAAUCUACUUCGUCUGCAAAUCAUACCACCAAGAAAGCAUCGAUAAGUCAGCGCUUUCCGAACAUCUUGAGGUCCUUCUGGGAGAGUAUGAGCGUCUGAAACCACAAGAUAUUCAGCUAAAGGAAAGUGAGUGGCACACAUCAAAGAUUCGAGCAACGUUUGCUUCGUCGGGUUCUCAAUUAGCGUUCAGCGUCAAGAAGGCAAUCACUAAAAAUUCAACAUGA